GGCGGAGCCUCACUUUGAACCAGGUUGGCGGGAGUGGCGGCUGGCCCUGGGGCUUGGGCCGCUGGCCUGGGGCAGGCAGCCAUCUGCGCUGUCCAGCGAUGGAGUUCACCACGGGGAGUGAGAAGGAGAGUGGAGGACGCGCGGCGACAGGGGAGUGCGUGAAUAGGAUCCUGGUGCCAAGACCGCCCUCCAUUGAGGAAUUCACUAUAGUGAAGCCCAUUAGCCGGGGCGCCUUCGGGAAAGUGUACCUGGGGCAGAAAGGCAGCAAGUUGUAUGCAGUGAAGGUUGUCAAAAAAGCAGACAUGAUCAACAAAAAUAUGACUCAUCAGGUACAAGCUGAGAGAGAUGCACUGGCGCUAAGCAAAAGCCCUUUCGUUGUUCACUUGUAUUAUUCACUGCAGUCGGCAAGCAAUGUCUACUUGAUAAUGGAAUAUCUUAUUGGUGGAGAUGUCAAGUCUCUCCUACAUAUAUAUGGUUAUUUUGAUGAAGACAUGGCAGUGAAAUAUAUUUCUGAAGUAGCAUUGGCUCUAGACUACCUUCAUCGACAUGGAAUCAUUCACAGGGACUUGAAACCAGACAACAUGCUUAUUUCUAAUGAGGGUCAUAUUAAACUGACAGAUUUUGGCCUUUCCAAAGUUACUCUGAAUAGAGAUAUUAAUAUGAUGGAUAUCCUUACAACACCAUCAAUGGCAAAACCUAGACAAGAUUACUCAAGAACCCCAGGACAAGUGUUAUCUCUCAUCAGCUCUUUGGGAUUUAAUACACCAGUCACAGAAGACAUUCAAGACUCUGCAGACGUCCUUUCAACCCUUCUAUCUGAAACAUCACAGUUUUCUCAAGGAGUUGUUUGUCCUAUGUCUAUAGAUGAAAAGGACACUACUCCUUAUUCUAGCAAACUGCUAAAAUCAUGUCUUGAAACACUUGCCUGUAACCCAGGAAUACCUGUGAAGUGUCUAACUUCUAAUCUACUCCAGUCUAGGAAAAGGCUGGCCACGUCCAGUGCCAGCAGUCAGUCCCACACCUUCAUAUCCAGUGUGGAAUCAGAAUGCCACAGCAGUCCCAAAUGGGAAAAGGAUUGCCAGGAAAGUGACGAGGCAUUGGGCUCUACAAUGAGUUCGAAUACAGUUGAAAAGUUAUGUGCAACAUCUACAAAUGCCAUCGAAACCAAAAGUUUCUACAAAAAGGAUCUUGAGUUAACCCUUUCUCCCAUUCAUGACAGCAGCGCCAUUCCUGCCACUGGAAGCUCUUGUGUAAACCUUGCUAAAAAGUGCUUCUCUGGAGAAGUUUCUUGGGAAGCAAGAGAACUGGAUGUAAAUAAUAUAAAUACAGCCACUGACACAAGACAGUCACAUCAGUGGGCUGUAGAUUCUGGUGGUAUGUCUGAAGAGCUCCUUGGGAAAAGAAGUUUAAAAAGAAAUUUUGAGUUGGUUGACUCCAGUCCUUGUCAGAAAAUUAUACAGAAUAAAAAACAUUGUGUAGAGCAUAAACAUAGUGAUGAAAUGAUGGUUUGUUAUGAAGAUCCAAGUACAGGUUUAACAGCAGAAGUCCAGGACCUUAAGCUGUCAGUACAUAGAAGUCAACAAAAUGACUGUGCUAAUAAGGAAAACAUUGUCACUUCUUUUACUGAUAAACAGCAAACACCAGAAAAAUUACCUAUACUAAUGAUAGCAAAAAACCUUAUGUGUGAACUGGAUGAAGAUUGUGAAAAAAAUAGUAAGGACUACUUAAGUUCCAGUUUUCUAUGUUCUGAGGAUGAGAGAGCUCCUACAAGUGUUCAUAUGAACUCUGAUUCAUCUUUACCUGGAAUUUCUAUAAUGGAAAGUCCAUUAGAAAGGCAGUCCUUAGGCCCAGAUAAAAACAUCGAAGAGUUCUCCUUUGAAGAAUCAAAUAUUGAAGAUCUCAUUAUCGUAUCAGCAGGCUGCCAAGAAAAUACCUUGCCAAAAGGUGUUGAGAACCCUGCUGUUCAGGACAGUAACCAAAAAAUGUUAGCUCCUUCUUUGGUGGUAUUGAAAACGUUAAGCUCUAAAAGAAACGCUGUAGCUUUUCGAAGUUUCAACAGUCAUAUUAAUGCAUCCCAUAACUCAGAACCAUCCAAAAUGAACAUUACUUCUUUAGAUGCAAUGGAGAUUUCAUGUGCUUACAGUGGCUCAUAUCCCAUGGCCAUCACCCCUACUCAGAAGAGAAGAUCCUAUAUGCUGUAUCAGCACACCCCAGGUCAGAUCAAGUCAGGAACUCCAUACCGAACUCCAAAGAGCGUGAGAAGAGGGGCAGCCCCAGCUGAUGAUGGGCGAAUUCUAGGAACCCCCGACUACCUCGCGCCUGAGCUGUUACUAGGCAGGGCCCACGGUCCUGCAGUGGACUGGUGGGCACUUGGAGUUUGCUUGUUUGAAUUUCUAACAGGAAUUCCCCCUUUCAAUGAUGAAACACCACAGCAAGUAUUCCAGAAUAUUUUGAAAAGAGAUAUCCCUUGGCCAGAAGGUGAAGAAAAGUUAUCUGAUAAUGCUCAAAGUGCAGUAGAAAUACUUUUAACCAUUGAUGAUACAAAAAGAGCUGGAAUGAAAGAGCUGAAACAUCAUCCCCUCUUCAGCGAUGUGGACUGGGAAAAUCUGCAGCACCAAACCAUGCCUUUCAUACCCCAGCCAGAUGGUGAAACCGAUACAUCCUAUUUUGAAGCCAGGAAUAACGCUCAGCACCUGACCGUAUCUGGAUUUAGUCUAUAGCACGUAAAUCUUCCUUUUAGUCGAACCUUGUAUUAUAGAAUAAGCUUGCAUACUUAUAUACUCCUUAAUACUAGAUUGAUCUAAGGGGGAAAAUCAUUAUUUUACUUGGGUUAAUGUGCUUUUAAUGCAUAUUACACCUUUCAGAGUUAAAAGGCUAUAAGGAAUAUAAUCAGUAACUUAUCUUAAUCUCAGAACUGUAUAUAAAUCUUCUAAGCUUAUUUGCAUCUUAUUUUGUUUACUGAACUUUAUGAAAACUAAAGCUUCAAUAAAACUAGAAUGACACUAA